UGUGUCGCGGUGUUUAGCGUGAAGGAGGACACCGCUGUAUCCAUUUGAGCCCGAAAUGACCGAAACACUUCCGUCACAUUUCGACGACAUCAGAUAACGAAGCAGCGACGUGAACUUGACGGUAUAUACAUCAUAUUUACUACAUCGUGCUAUCGUUAAGCCGGCGCCAUGUCAUGUUUAGUGUCUGGGAAACGGGUCGAUCGUAGCCACAGUGUCCCGAGUCUGUCUGCGUCCAAACGGUGUGUAUCUGCGUCAGUGAUGCGUUUUCAACGAGAAGGAGCUGUGUCUCUGAGCCGCCAGCCCUCAGAGAUGGCAGCUGAACUGGGCAUGAAAGGCCCCAAGAAAGGAGACGGUAAGGCGGUUUGUAAAGAGAGACUGGUGAAACUGGUCGUCAACUUCCUCUUUUAUUUCCGGACUGAUGAGGAAGAGGUCACAAUUGGAGCUUUGCUGUUGGAGCAGUGUAGGGUGGAGAGGGAGGACAGCCAGACCUUCUCCAUUGCAUUUCUGGAUGAAGCAGAGAGGAAGUAUCUGUUUGAGUGUGACUCUGAGGAGCAGUGUGGGGAGUGGGUAGACUCCAUUAUCAAAGCGAGUUACGAGUUCAUGAGGAAGAACCUUAUAUUCUAUCGGACUGAAAUCCACAGGCUCACUGGGAAGGAUCCCUUGGAGCAAUAUGGUAUAUCAGAUGAAACUCGCUUCCAGGUCAGCAAUGGUCUGCAACUUAUGCCGCGAGAUACCUCCUCCCUGUAGACCAGCAUCCUGUGUCCAGAAAUACUUCAUUUUCAUUUUAGUUCACUCUGCCAUUCCUGUAUUCACUCCACACUGGUUUGAAACCCACAUGAUUAGCAUCCACACUUUAGCUGUUUAGUUCUUUACUUCUCUGCAAUAAAUGUGUUUAGUGUUCUCUCAGACUGGAGAAGGUUUCUGAGGCCAAGCGAUAUUACAACUCAGACUAUUCCUUCUGUGUUGCUGUCAGUUAUCACAGGUAAUGCAGGGCUUUGGACAACUCAACACUGUCUUAUUUUUUGGUUCCGGGGAAUUUUCCAUGCCAUUUUCAACUUUUGCCUCAAUUGUCAGUAUAAACCUGUUAAUCUAGUUUUCUACUGGACAUGCUGUACACUUGGACAAUGUUUGACAGCUUGUGAUUGUACCUAAACUGGGGUGUGACUUUCAUUCAGGACUAGGGUUUAAUGAUUAGGUGAUAAUAUCUAAGUUUCAUAGAGAAAGUCAAGGUCACUUCAGUAUUCACCCUGUAACAGAUUUAAAAUAUGUGAAUAAGCAUUACUACGAGAUACCAUCUAUAGCAUUGGUGUCACACAAGCAGAAUGACAUGAAUUUGUAAAACCAUUUACACAACCGCUUAAACCCUGGGUUAAAUACGUAGCAUUGAUUUUGUAAUAAUUGUAGCCUUUGUGAUUUGCAAAUUACGUUGUCUCAACCUGCAUUAUUGAUUUGAAAUCAAUAAUUGUUCACCCUAUUCAGGACCAUUUGUCACGUGACCACAACUGCAUUUAACAGGAGUCAGUCCAGGACAUAUGAACAUUUGGUUUAAACCGGUGUUAAUCUAAUCUCAAACAGGGUGCAUUUACCCUGUGUAAAGCUUACAAUUAAUACCCUGAGUAAAUUAGAAAGCUGUUGACAGCAUUCCCGUCCUGAUUUGAACUACAUGAGCCCUUUGAGCUGCUGACUUGAGCCACAUAUUUGCUCAGUUUUUGUGAGAAAAACAUGCUUUUAGCUGUCCUGGUGUGUUUUUAUCAUGUAGCCCAUUUAAACUGUGUAGUUUAAAAAUCUUUACUUUUGCACAUAUUUCUGGGUGUUGAGUUUUUUUUUUUUUUUUUUUUUAAAUUAGAAUCACAGUAAUUUACUUGAACCUACUGUACCUUUUCUUUGGCACUUUGAAUCAGAUUCCUGUGACAAAGCUGUUGGACCAUGUUGGAAAACCAGGGUCUUGAUAUGAUUCUGAUAACACACCGACAUUUGCAGAAUUCCAGCAAAUACAUUUUGCUAUCAGUUAUAUUUCACUGUAAGGAUUUGUUGUAGUCUGCAAAUUGGUAAAAUAUUUAUGUCACAAGUCAAGAGUCUUUCUACAAAGAGCAUAUGUCAUUGAGUGUGUCUUCAUUUAAACUUUUGCACAUGGAAUGUGUUUAGUCUAUUUUUACUUAGUUAUAUUACACCUGUUUCACUGGUAUCUCUUUUUAUACUAAUAAAGCCAUUUGAAAGAUA